CCUAUAUUGUAUUGCCGCGAUUCCCUCGAUCAAUCGAUUUAGAACAAUUAUAAACUACUAUCGAAGCACAUUGUUCAGUAAAGGUUACUGCUUUGAUGGUAUAGGAAUGUGCAUUGUAGAUACAAUAUUGCGCUAUGUUUUGUUUUGAAUUUUGUGUUUGUGUGCGGAAAAAAUGCGUGUCACGGAAUCAUUUUUACUUGUUCCUCUGCACUGUUUACUGAAGGUCUGCGAUUUUGUGCAUUAGCAGUCAUGUUUAAUUUCACGAAAGAGAAGUGGCCCUCCAUAAGUGGAGUACAAGAUGCGAAGAGUUCCCUGUUUCUGAAAGCAGACAUGAAAUCUUCAGCUGAUGAAACACUUCAGAACUUAGCAGAUUCAUAUGGCAUCAAAGAGGAGUUUGGUUGUUUGUCAACUAGUGGCCUUACGAGGCUUCAGUCCACUGAUGCUCCAAAGAAAGAAAAGGAAGCAGUACAACCGCAGCAGCAGGAUCAGUUGCAGCCAUUAUGCCAUAAGCAAAACCAAACUGAUAAUGAGCAGAAGGAAAGCAGCUUUGCUCAUUCUAGAGAAAGGUCAGUGUCUAACUCAGGAAGAGAAGGUAGCAGUGACCGAACACAGAAGUUUCCAUACAACGCUCAAGACAUGAGAAGUAUAAUGAGUGAACCAUAUACAUAUUUUUACUCUGGGACACCAACUAUGGUUCCACCAUACAUGCAGUAUAAGGAGGAAUAUGAUAGGAUAAUAGAGAGGACGUUAUCUAGUGGAAUUUUUUCUCAGUCUCACGGUGCAGUGAGUAAGGAACCUUUCAAUAAUCCAAGUGUAGUGAAUAAAGUGACACCUGCAAAACUGAGUUCAGAUGCUCGUGCAUUGGCAGCCAAAAGGAUUCACCCUUGCAAUGUGUGUGGGAAGUCCUUCACAAAAGUGUACAGCUUGACUACCCAUCAGAGAAUCCACACUGGUGAGAGGCCAUACUCUUGUCCAGAGUGUGGCAAGGCCUUCACAGAAGGGAGCAAACUGACUAAACACAGGCGCAUCCAUUCUGGAGACUGGCCUUAUACUUGCCCACAGUGUGGCAAAGGAUUCUCAGAUUCCUACAACCUCGCUCGUCACCAUCGCAGUCACACAGGAGAGCGGCCUUACAGGUGUGAAGAGUGUGGUAAGGCUUUCUCCCGAACUUCGCAGUUGACAGAGCACCGUCGCAUCCAUACCGGUGAGAGGCCCUACCAGUGUCAGCAAUGUGGAAAGUGCUUCUCACAGUCAGGAAAACUUACUAAGCAUAAGCGGGCUCACAGCAGUGGAGUAGGAAGCGGAGGCAGUGGCGACAGACCUUCAAGCGCUAUCAGUUGUGAGCCUGUGAAUGCACUAAGCAAGCCGAAACUGAGCACUUCACAACACCCAGUCCCACCCAUCACAGGCGAGAGGCCUUUUCCUUGUCACCAGUGUGGGCUGACAUUUGCGCGUCCUGACUUUCUAAGGCAUGUUACGUCUUAUCAUUUGGGUCUUCAGCAGACAUAACACAAAUGAUGUGUAAUAACAGAGGAUUAUGCUAACAAGAAUUUUAAGUAUGAACCAAAGAACUUUGUGCAGUAACAACCUUUAUGAAUGCAAAUGGAUGACACACAAAAGAACAUAGUGAACCAAUUCACAAAGAUUCAAGUGCACUUUAAGUUCUUGCCAUUGUCUCAUUGUAUAACUGUUAUCAUAACAUUGUUUGCUUAAUUUGGCCUUAAGCAAAUAAUUGUAUGUGUAAUUACUAAAGAAUAAAUGUUCAUUGUCUGUGUGUACCAUUGUGCAGCAACUCCACUGCAUAACAAGUAAAUUAUCUUUACUCAAGAUUUCUGAGGUUUCAUAUGUAAAUAACCCCCUUUUACCCCAGUACACUUUGAAUUGUUGUGCUCUUUAUGUUUACAGUAUUAGGUGUUGAAACUGUGAAAUAUUUAAGAAAUGUGAUGUUAGAGAAGUAAUGUGAUCUGAUUCAUAAUGGAUUAGAAAAAAAGGCCUUAGUUGUUGAUAUUGUGUCUACAAAUUCAUAGACUUUUUCCCAUCAUUUUACAAUAUAUAUUGACACAAGAUUAGCAGAGUGCCUUCACUUUUGGAAUCUCUGCAGUAGUUACCAUGUUGCUUGGUAGAUAAUUAUUUAUAACAACUUGUUAUUGUGGAAUGGACAUUUUUUGUGUGUUCCGUCUUUGCAGGCACCUUUUGUUUAAUUUUGGGUUACUGCCAUUUGUAGCGUCAGUCUACAUUGUACCAUUUUAAACUUGCUGUUUAUUUGUUUAUGUUUUAACACAAAAAGUAGAGACCUGUCUACAGCCAAACUGCGAACCAAAAAUAUGUAGAGCUGCAUUUGUGUCAGUUACUUCACUCCAUACUUCAAAACAGGAUAGCUGCAGCCAUAAUGACUUAUUACACUUGAAUCUUGUGAAAUUGGUCAUGUCAUGGAUUUGCUUACAGUGUUUGGAGUGUCAGUUUGUAUGGAGUUGUGUGAAAUUUGUAAUUUUUAUAAGCCUCACAUUAAAAUAAUACUGUUGCAUGUGUAAUGCAGUUUUGUUACUUUUGUAUUUUAUAUCAAAUGGUGGGAAAAAUGGACAAAUCCACCACAAGUCUUGUGUUGUUUUUUAUUACUGUUUUCUCAUUACUUACAUGAAGUGUGGUCAUUCAGGAAUUAAUUGAAUGAUUUGUUCCUUGAGGUAUUAAAUGUUGUGAAAUUUGUAAUUUUUUAUGUGUGUAGUUCAGUUUGUAAGUAAAAUUGAUUUAAAUAA